AUGGCAGACAACAAGCAAAGCUUCCAAGCCGGUCAAGCCGCUGGUCGUGCUGAGGAGAAGAGUAAUGUGAUGCUUGACAAUGUCAAGAAUGCUGCUACUGGAGCUGGAACGGCCGCGCAACAAGCUGGACAGAAGAUAUCGGAGGCAGCAGUAGGAGCUGUUAAUGUUGUGAAGGAGAAGACCGGAAUGAACAAGUAG